UUUCCGUAGUUAUUAUUUUCAUUUCUAGAAUACUUCUAUACUUUAAGGACCUAGACUUAUAAGAUAAUAAAUGUUUACUUCUAUUAUAAAAACCAAGCAAGACUCCAAUUGUAUUAACGAAAAUGGCAGCGUGUGAUAUGAGUGUACGAUGUUCCUCCUUGUUUCCAGACUUUAUUGAACUAAAAAAGGACUUACCAGAUGACACGGACACAUCGCCAGUGACUUUGCAUGAGAAGCUUGUGGCCCACACACUUGCCAUCAGUGAUGAACUGGAGGGCCGGUCGGGCGUGUGGGGCGAGCACUCGUACGCGCGCGAGCGCGGGCCGCCGCCGCACGCGCACGUGCGCGCGCUGCUGCAGCCGCGCGCGCCGCGCGACCUCGGCGCCGCGCCCGGCGACGAGGUGGACGUGGAGACGCCGCCGCGCGCGCCGCCCGCGCCGCCCGCCGACGGCGCCGCGCCCGGCGACGCGCCCGGCGACAGCGACGACGACGACGAGCCCGACGACUGGGAGCGCGCCGUCGCCGCCGCGGCGCCCGGGCCGGCGCACGCGCGCCUCGCCGCCGCCGCGCUGGACGCGCUGCGCGACAUGCGGCUGCGGCGGCUGGCGGGCGGCGGCGGGCGCUGGGCGCGGCGCGAGGCGGCGGAGGAGGGCGCGGCGCGGCUGCGCGCGGCGCUGGCGGCGCACUGGGCGCUGGCGGGCUGGCUGCACAGCACGCUGCUGGCGCUGCUGCCGCGGCGGGCGCGCGCGCUGUACGACGCGCUGGCGGCGGAGCUGCGGCGCGCGGUGCCGCGGCUGGCCGAGCGGCUGGCGCCGCGCGCGCCGCCGCCGCCGCCCGACCCGCUGGAGGCCGUCGCAGUGAUCCCCAACACUAUCGGCGACUUCGUUCGCGUGAACUUCGACCACGAACAAUUGGAAACUUUCAAUAAAAUAAUGUUUAAGAUGUAG